GUAAAAUUCAAUGGCGUUCGCUGCGUGGCUCAAACAGCCCCGCCUCUUCCAGCCCUAGGUCGGCUUUUCCACGCAUGCGCGCACACGCACCUCCACAUCGCAAAAAAAAAAAAAAAAAAAAAAAUACCGCCUUCAAUAAAAGUAGAUAUGGCUUUUCAUCGAAAUGGGACAUAAAAUACGGGUUUCUAGGGAGAUAGGGAUUCGUGAGACAAACGCCCGACCGCCUUUUUGUUGGUCUUUAUGCGCUGCUGAUGGUAGAUGGUAUCCAGCGAGCUGUGUCUGCCAGAGGAAUACGACGACUCGGCGAGUAAUAUGAAGGAGAUGAUCGGAGGCUGCUGCGUCUGCUCGGAUGAGAGAGGUUGGGCCGAAAAUCCCCUAGUCUACUGCGACGGUCACGGCUGUAACGUUGCCGUCCACCAAGCCUGCUAUGGAAUUGUCCAAGUCCCCACAGGCCCCUGGUUCUGCAGGAAAUGUGAAUCACAGGAACGUGCUGCCAGGGUGAUUAAAGGGUGGAGGGGGAGAAAGCCGAGCUGGCAGACCCCUGAAGAAGGAGGACUGUCCACCACCUGUAACAAAGAGGAGGAGGACAGCAGACUGAGCAGAAGUUUAAAAACUUUGAACAUAGUGAGGUGCGAGCUGUGUCCCCACAAAGACGGAGCACUGAAACGAACAGAUAAUGGAGGUUGGGCCCAUGUGGUUUGUGCUCUUUACAUCCCAGAAGUGGAGUUCGCCAACGUAUCCACCAUGGAGCCCAUUGUGCUUCAGUCUGUCCCUCAUGAACGUUAUAGUAAGACAUGCUACAUCUGUGAGGAACAGGGCCGUGAGAGCAAAGCUGCUACUGGAGCCUGCAUGACAUGCAACAAACAUGGCUGCCGACAAGCCUUUCAUGUCACAUGCGCUCAGUUUGCUGGGUUGUUGUGUGAAGAACAGGGCUCAGAUGCUGAUAAUGUGAAAUACUGUGGAUACUGCAAGUACCAUUACAGUAAACUGAGCUACAACAGCUGCAGUGGCGGAAGUGUCUCCUCCAUUUCCUCCACUCAGAAGCGACUGGACGACAGCGGAGGUCGUUUCACUAAUGCCAACUUCCAGGAAGUUCCGUCUCACUCCAGUUCCAGCUCCAAGGAUGGCAGCUCCUCUGAUGGCAAGAGCUCGGAUGGCAAAUGCAAGAAGUCCAGCAAUCAUAGCACCAGCUCAAUCUCUGGCUCCAGGGGCCGCAAGUCAGCACCGGGCAAACCCCACGGCCCUGUGGUCACCACAGCGACGUCAUCCACAGCUCCCUCCUCAACCAGUCCUUUUCAGCAAGGUCUUUUAUUAGGCAACAGCAGCAGUAAAUCAGCCACUAGUGGAUCUGUGGUUCAGCCCACAUCUGAUUUCCUCAGCUUCUCUGAUCCCAGCCUAAGAGCCGGUGACUCGUACACACCUCCAUCCUUUAGCCGUUGCCAUGUGAAGGGUGGUGUUGAAAGCGCAGCCUCUGAAGGCAUGGUGGCUCUCAACACCUUCAGCAUAAUGUCCCUCCCCCAAAGCUCCAGCUCAAGCAAGCAUUACGAAAACUGUCACCCAGCCGGAGAGCUGGGAGGCCUGGCCUCGGCAGGCUACAAAAGACCCCAGCCCUCCUCAUCCUCUUCUUCUGCGACAUCGUCUUCAUCUACUGGCGAGGAUGGCGGGAAGAAGAAGAAGAGAGGGAACUGGAGGAACCGGUAUGGACCGUGCUUCACCACCCAGGACAGUAAAACCACUGAUACGGGAGAGCACAGGUCCACAAUGCCCUCAUCCACUUCCCCCUCGCCAUCCUCUAUGAGCACCAUGGCCUGCCGCGGGAGUGCAGUCAGCAGUACAGGAGGUGUGGGAGCAGUGGGUGCUGGUAGCAGCAGUCUGGGGAUUCAGAAGUCCCCAUCCCUCCUCAGGAAUGGAAGCUUACAGGGUAUGACUGUCAGCUCCCCACCUGCUGGACCAGGUUCGUACCCCAGCAGUAGUGAUGUAGCCUGCCCAUUGCCCAGUGCGGUGUUUGGAGGGUCUCUGUCCGGAUCCAACUCUGAGUUACCUGCUCAUCAGUCAGUAGUCACUUCCAUGUCCACUCUCACCUCACUGCCCCCGACCGCCCCGUUCACCAGCACCUCAUCCACACAUUCAAACUCUCUCCCGGGAUCCUUUAACCUGGCGCCAACCCAUAUGUUCGGAAACAGGCUGAAUCCGAAUUCCACCAUGGCUGCACUGAUCGCCCAGUCCGAGGGCUCCCCGGCAGAUCAGGAGCUAGGAGACGGAGCUCUCGGCUUCUCCAGAAGAGGAAACUCACCAAAGACAAACCUCUCCCCUCGGUCUCCGUUAAGUGGGCUUCAUAUCCGGUAUGACUCGUCAGGACCGUUGGUUCCGGGGCUCGGAUCUGGUUCGGAUAUGUUGCCCCCGGUGGCCACCAGCAUCGACCAGCUGCUGGAACGGCAAUGGAACGAAGGACAUCAGUUCUUCCUACAACAGGGCUCACAAGGAGAUGUUCUGGGAAUGCUGAAGUCCCUGCACCAGCUGCAGGUGGAAAACCGGCGUCUGGAGGAACAAAUCCGAACUCUCACCAUGAAGAAGGAACGACUGCAGCUCUUGAGCGCUCAGCUCUCUGUGCCUUUCACCCCUGCGAGCACCACGGCCACCGCUGCCUCUUCUCCUCUGUACCCCAGCAACACUCAUGCAGACAUGCUGCACAGCAAGAGCAUUCAGCUAGGCAGCAGUGUUUUAACAGAGUCCUCUCAACCCUUGCCCACUCAGGAUCCCCUGUCUGGUGGCCAUAGUAGCGGAAGUAGCACGUCCUCUCUCUCCACCCCUCCGUCUGCGGCCCACAGUCCCCCCCAGCAGCAGAUGAAUGGAGUCGGCAUGGCCGGGGUGGCCAUCCAGCCUGGCAAUGCCAACUCGUCCCUGCCUGCCAUAGCCGGGGUGACGGGUCUAAUGGGCGCUCUGCAGGGGAACCACCUGGCCAUGAGUGGUAUCGUGGGUGCCCUAAACGGAGUCAUCCAAACCUCCCCCAGCCUGGCCCAGAAUAACAGCCCCCUGCCCCAUCCCUCAGCAGCUACCAGCGCAUCCCUGCCCAUGUCCAACAGUCUCAGUAACAGCAGCAUGACCACUGUGAAAACCAGUGCAGCAAGGCUUUUCAGCGAUCAGCACAGGCAGAUCCUCCUCCAUCAGCACCAACUGCAGCAGCUUUUCAAUUCUCAGCAGGCCAUACCGGAACAGCAGCAGGCUCUGCUCUAUCAGUUAAUGCAACAACAACAACAGCAGCAGCAGCAGCAGCAGCAGCAGCAGAAUGAUAUUUACGGUCAGCAGCUGCCAAUCAACAGCCUCCUGCCUGCCACGCAGCCAGCCAUCACCACAAACCCCUUCCUCGCCAUGCACAACGACAACACUCCUAAAACUGGAGUUGGUACUGCAACUAUCAAACAGACAAAAAGACUGGGAGAGAAGGCGGUGUCUGUGACAGGACAGGAGAAGACCUGAUGUAGAAAACAGCAUUUUGGAGUAGUUCUGUCUUAUGGAUCCCUCUCAUCUGCUCACCCCAAGAGCCUUGCAAUCUGAGCAGCAAGACCAGAACAUUCACCCACAGCACGGAACCCUCACCAGCACCAGCCUUCAUAUAUACACACACUUGCCAGUUUGAUGCCCAUCUGGCAAACAACAUGCUGCACUGAGUUUGAGUAAAUCACUUGCUGUAAACUUACUGGAUCCCAUUGGGGCCAAAAGACAGGCUUACACAAAUAUGUGCACGCACACGCACGCACACGCACGCACACGCACGCACACACACACACACACACACACACACACACACACGGUCUCUCUCACCCUGCCAGUGUGCUGAAAAUGACACACUGGUGCAAGUCACUCUGGGCGGAAAGUGUAGAUCGAGGUCUCGGAUGGGGAUUGUAAGAUGAAGAUGCUUCUGGAACAGUAUCUGCUCACCGCUGUUACCGCUCUGUACCCCUUUAACAAGAAACAUGUAACGAUAAUCUCAAUAAAAACGAUAUAUUUGUCCAUCUGUGUAUCUAAAAAGCGAUGAAGAGAUCAGACAUUUGUGCACCAUGAAGGCCUUCUCUGCAUCCUGAUCUUGAGCUUUCCCUGUGAGGAGGCAUCCCAAAGGUCCACAAACUGUCAAACUGUAUGACCCUGCUGCACUCUUUGAAGAGCAACUACCUCUCAAGCCAGGACACACAGACUAGGCCCUGAGCCCAAGUGCCUGGCCCACGAUCUCCAACUUCUCAGUGAGGGGCCGCGCGCUGGAGAUGCUGCCAGUCUGUCUCUCUCUCUCCUUCCCUUUUUAGUUUUUCCUCCAGUCGAUCCAUUUUUUCUGAAAAGAUUUAAUACCAAUCGGCGUCGCUCAGGCAAUACCAGUUCAGAGAGUCCCAGAGAUCUCUGCCUGUACAGUGACUACACUGAAAAAAAACUGAUUUCGAAUGUUUGUGCUGCAUUAAUAAUUUUUGAAGCCUACUUUCUAUUAUUCCUUUCUUAUUUAUUUGCAUUCGUUGCAUGUUGGGCGCAAGGUGAUAUAUUCGAAUGCUCAACUGGCAAAAUGUUUUUAUGCUACUGUACAAACUUCUCACCUCUUUUGAGUAUUGUAAACAUUUUGAUGAACAUGUCUUGUUUGAAUUUAUAAAAAAAGAAAAAAGCCUACUUGAUAAUUUUGUGGACUUGUACAUACACCUGGUUUUUCCUUUUGUUGCUAUGUAAAUCUACAGAUGCAUAUUGGAUUAAGAAUAAGCUCUCAGAAUAAAUAAGAUUUAGUUUAGCA